AUGAGAUAUGUAUUGGGGCAAAGAGAUGAAACUAGUAAGAAAGAGCAUGCCAUUUACUAUUUGAGUAAAAAGUUUACGGAGUAUGAGGCCAAGUAUCCCCAAAUAGAAAAAAUAUGUUGUGCCUUAGCUUGGACUACUCGUAAACUCAGGCAGUAUAUACUCUAUCAUAUAACUCGGUUGAUAUCAAAAUUAGAUCCCCUUAAAUAUAUUUUUGAGAAACCAUCUUUAUCAGGCAGGAUAGCGAGAUGGCAGGUCAUGCUUUUGGAAUAUGAUAUUGUGUAUGUGACACAAAAGUCUAUAAAAAGGAUAGCUGAUUUUCUUGCAAAUCGAGCUAUAGAAGAUUAUAAGCCUAUGAAGUUUGAGUUUUCGAAUGAAAACUUAAUGCCAAUUUUACAAGAUGAAGUCGAAGAGCCUAUAAGAAAAGUAUGGAAGAUGUUUUUUGAUGGGGUAUCCAAUAUAAUAGAACAUGGCAUUGGGGUAGUGCUAAUAUCCCCAGAAGGAAAUUACUACCUUUAUACUGUAACGAUAGACUUUAAUUGCACCAAUAACGUUACAGAAUAUGGAGUAUGUGUCAUAGGGUUACAGAUGGCCAUUGAAAAGAAGAUUGAAACACUAAAAGUAUAUGAGGAUUCAGCUUUAGUAAUUUAUCAACUGAAAAGCGAAUGA